UGUUGAGUCUUGAGCAAGAGGGAGAGAGAGGGAGAGCGGUGCGUCUGGGUCCAAACUUUUUUUGCGCACACGUAGGGUUUUGAGAAUCUGCCUUCAGUUUUUUGAUUGAACCUGCGGAGGGUGUCUGAUCAUGCUCAGCGAAGAGGAAAGAUAAGAGGCUCGGUUAAAAAUAAAAAGGCUUGCUGGAUGUAACUCAUGUGAAUUAUGCGCCUGGCAGUGAUUUACUGACAGGGAGUGCGCUCCUCCGGGCUGCGGUGAAUGUAUGGUUGCGCCUGGAAGCCAUACGAUCGGUGAUCUAUUCUGCUCCAGCGGGACUAAUUGACAGGCACUGUGAUGGACAGCCGCAUGUUAACAUGGAUGAUGAAGGCGGCGGUGGUGUGGUCGCUCCUGCGCCUCUCGGCUCCGCAGAACCCCGCACCUGAAGGAGUGCUGAACUGCUGCGAGGGUGACGUCCUCUUUUUGGUGGACUCCUCAGGGAGCGUGACAUACUACGAGCACGCCCGCAUACUCUCCUUCUUGUCGGAGCUCCUGCUUCCCUUCUCCCUGGGAAAGGAUCAAGUGAGAGUAGGACUGCUGCAGGUGGGUACCAAUCCCCGCCUGGAGUUUGGCUUCGACAGAUACAGUACCCAAAGUGGCCUCCAGGGGGCCUUGAAAACCAUUAGACCCCUCAGGGGGGACACCAACACCGUGGAGGCUCUCAAAAUGGCUAAGGAUUGGGUUUUGCGACCCAGAAUACCUGACGGGGCUCAGGAAAGUCUCCCGAGAGUGCUGGUAUGGUUGACGGAUGGGAUAAAACCGGGGGAUGUGAUUGGACCGAUGGCUGAGCUGCGGGAGGAGGGCGUGGCGGUGCUGGUGGUCUCCACGGGGCACAGCAACUACAAGGUGCUGAGGGAGGUGGUGAGUCCUCCUGUGGAAAACCACCUGCACUUCGUGCACAUCGAUGACAUGAGCAUCAUCACGAAGGACCUGCGCGAUGCUAUCAUUGAGAUAAUCCGAGCCGAGCGCCUUCACGUCCGAGAGGUCUCCACCAACUCUGCCAAUCUCCACUGGAGAGCCGUCCUGUCUGGUCUCGAGGGCUCCUACAAGAUUCACCUGGGUGAGGUUUCAACUGGAGGAGGUGGCAGCGGCGGUGGAACCGGGACCAGCCCGAGUACUGGUGGAAAUCCGUACCAGAGGCUGGUUCAGCCGGCGGAGUCGAACAGCAUCAGACUGACUGGCCUAAAGCCAGACACCACCUACUCUGUCAGCCUGUUUCCAGAGUCCACAGGACUAACGUUCAACACCCUCUCUACCACCUUCACAACAAAGCCAGAGGUUGUGAGUCCAGCUGUUGUAACAGUCUCCGACUCGGGGCAGAGCAGCGUGCGCGUGAGCUGGGGUCCUCUGCAGCCACAGACUGUCACGAGUUACUACAUCGAGUACUCCGCCCUGCCCGGAGGCAGCCUCCAGACCGUCACAGUGGACCGAACACAGAACUCCACUCUGCUUAGAAACCUGCAGCCGGGCACGACUUACCUGGUCACAGUUACUGCCCGGCAUGCCUCAGGGAAGGACAAAGCAAUGUCGGUCAAAGUUUGCACCCAAGAAGUGACUCCAGCCCUGGCCGACCUCCAGCUCACCACAGUGGGAAGCGACUCCGUGCAGGUCGACUGGAAGAGCAGCGCGGAUGGUCUGAGGGGAUACUGGCUCACCUGGGAGGCGCAGGAAAUCUCGGUCCCCGCCCAGCGCUCCUCCCUCUACCUUCCACCCGACUCUCUGUCCACCCGGCUCACGCACCUCCCCCCUUCCGCCAGAGUGUGUGUGUCUCCCAUUUACCGGACGGCGAGGGGGGACGGACUGUGCUGCACUGCACAGUUUCAUUCAGACGCAUCGGUGUAUGGCUUCCAGUCAUAGCAGCCUUGGACUGCGCGCGCACCUUACCAAACAAGGAGGGAGGAUAACGAGAAAGAAUGCUGACUUCCAUCCAUAAUUCUUUUGCAUGCCUCUCCCCCCUCUGUGGACAUUAUCCAGAAGAGAUGUGGUUUGGCUCACGGAGCGCUCAUGUGGAAGUGACAGACACUUCAGAAUGAUGUGGGACAAACCUGGCUCACACGCUGACUGCUAAAAUCUGAAACCAAAAAAAAAAAAGUAUUAUCUGUUUUUAUUUACUGUCUCGUCUGGUUUUAUGCGGCCUGUUGCUGAUCUAAAAUUCUUGGAUCUAAAGAGCCAAGUAUUUCACUGGAAUAUUUCAGUGGUCUGUUUUGCAGAUUCAGAGCAGGGUAGGCCGGGAAUGCUCAUGUUUUCUCUGAGUUGUUUUGCAGAAGAGCUUUACAACAUAUGCACACCACGUGUCCAAAUCAGCAUUUCUUUUUUUUUUUAUCACUAACACUGAGGGAACAUCUGAUACACAUUUGCUAUAUAAGUAAUGUUUUAAACCUGUCCUUAAAUCCCUUCUCUCUCAACACGUGCUUUAAAACUUUCAUUGAAUGUUUGUAGGGGCUCUGGGGAGUGCAGCAGGGUUACAUUAAAAGGAAGUUCUGGAUAACUGAAUAUUUAGCAAUGCUUUGAGCUUCAAACACAGAUCGCUCUCCGAAACCCGAGAGUUGCUGUAUAUGAAACACACGUGCGUAAGUUAAAAGUCACAUUGAGUUGGUGUCAAGAUAUUGGUCUAUAUUUCAUAUUUAUUUAUCGAGAACCUUAUAAGAACUAAUGACUUGGAUGUUUUUUAGGGAUCCACAGUUUGAUGUUCUGUGACUGUUACUGUUUUACAGCUUGAGUUUGCUGCCCCCUGCUGGCUUAUUGCAGAUCUUUCACUGUAUCCAUUUUUUUUUUUCCAAUUAAAAACCUCAUACAAGGUUUCAAUAAACUUACUUAACAUGUGUA